AUGUCCGAAAAUCAUUUGUCAUUCAACUUCCGUUCAAACUUCAGUGCAUAUGAAGAGCAGUUGUGUUCCCCAGUGACAAGAGUUGUCUUACUAAAGACACAUAAGACAGGCGGCUCGACGAUUGCAUCCAUUCUAGGACGGUAUGCCUACACACACAACCUCAAGUUGCCCAGAUUCAGGUCUAUUAAAGAAGAUCGCCCAUUUUAUCGACAGAUGCUGGAAGGACAGCCAAAUCUAAAGAUGUUUGUUAGUCAUACACUUUACAAUAGACCUGAAAUGGAUUUCGUAUUCGGAGACGCAAAGUACGUGACCAUAAUACGAGAACCGACUGCACAAUUUGAGUCGGCAUUUUUCUAUUUCAAAAUGCCACAAGCGCUGCAUCUUGAACAAUUUGAAAAUCCGAUUGAAGAAUUUAUGCAGAGUCCGGAGAAGUACAAGAACACAAAAAGAUUUAGGCAUCACGAGAAAUCAUUAAACGGUCAAUUUCGUUAUCUCGGAUUACCGGAAUCAAAAUUUACAGAUGAAUGGUUUAUUCGUUAUAAAUUAAAACAACUUGAAUUUGAAAUUGAUUUAGUGAUGAUAAAUGAAUACUUUGAUGAAUCUUUGAUUCUACUAAAGAAAACACUAUGCUGGCAGUUUGAUGAUAUCUUGUAUUUAUCGAAGAAAGUCAGAUCGACGUCUAAUCGAACAUUAUUAACCUCAACACUCAAAGAAAAAAUUCGAUCUUGGAAUAGUGCAGACGUCCUGUUGUAUGAACAUUUCAACCGAACAUUUUGGCGCCGAAUUUCUGAAUACGGGAAUACAUUUUUUGACGACCUGAACAUAUUCAGGAAGAUGAAAGUAGCUUCAAAUGAAAAGUGUGUGGGCAGUUUCUUUAACAGAUCAAUUAACGAUGGUCCCGAUGUAAAACUCGUAAAGGUGAAAGAGAACUUAUCAGAAAAAGAUAAACAAACUUGCAUAGAUCUUAAUAAAGAUGCUAAUGAUUUUAUGAGGAUUUUGGGUUAAAAAAAUUGUCGAAAUUUUAUAAGCCUAUGUGAUAUUUUCUUCGUUGUUGUGGUUUUAAUACACAAAUCCGUUACCGAGGGUUCCUUUUCUACAAGUUGGAAAAAAUUGAGUUGCGAGUUGGAAGUAUGCGAGUUGGAAAAUGCGAAUUGUUAGUUGGAAAUGCGAGAUGCGAGUUAGAAAAUGUUAUGGACUUAUUGGCCAAGCUAAUGAAAUGUAAGGUAUUAAAAUUAUUUGGAAAAGAGACCAUUCUAAACAGUCAAAGUAUACAAUGUCCAAAUAUAUAAUAAAUAUAUACUGUAAAUUAUUAUUUUAGUAGGCCAACUCUAUAUCAGCGUAUGGAAUAAAUAAAUUCUCAGAAGUAGAAGAGGUGUGGUUGAGAUGCAUCAUCCACAAUUAAUUAGAUAAAUAAAUAUGUUGCAACUUUCAAUUUA